GAAUUAUGCAGAUCAAAGGAAAUACUUUUGUUGUUACUGGAGGUGCAAGUGGUCUCGGUGAACAGGCUGUCCGUGACCUUGUUGCUCAGGGUGCCAAUGUCAUUAUUAUGGAUAUCAACCAUGCUCGUGCAGAACUUUUGAUUAAGGAGCUCGGUAGUCAAGUGUAUUCCCAUGGUAUCACGGAUACAACAUCUGAAUCUCUUGUCAACGAAGCCCUGGACGGUGGAAUUGCGAAUUUCCCUGGCAGUGCGCUAGUUGGAGCAAUAUUGUGCGGCGGAAUCCUCUCUCCCAAAAAGGAUCAAGAAGGCUAUGGGCCUGAUGGAAAGUUGACAAGCUAUUCUCAAUUCAAGCAUAUAGUUACAGUCAACCUUUUUGGAACUUAUAAUGUUGCUCAACAAGUCUCACAGCGCAUGCUGAACAACGAGGAAAUGGGUGCUGACAAGGAGCGCGGUGUUAUUAUAACUGUGUCAUCUAUCUGUGGUUUGGAUGGAAUCAUUGUCGCCUAUGGAACAUCUAAAGCUGCCAUUGCCGGACUGACACUUCCAUUGGCAAGAGAGCUUGCUGAUCAUGGCAUUCGAGUCAUGAACAUUGCACCUGGACCUUUCAACACGCCAAUCCUCAAGACAACCGAUAUUGUGGCCCCACAUUGUUUGUUCCCUCGUAGAAACGGUGAAAGUAGCGAAUUUAGCAAGCUUGUGCUGAACAUCAUUGAUACUCCAAUGCUCAAUGGCUCUAUCAUUCGAUUAGAUGGAGCUCUCAGAACAUAGAUGUACUUUAUGUACACACAUAUACACAUACAUAGAUACAUAGAUAUACUUGUUUCACUAUAUUCUAUAUUCUAAUGUAUAAAUAAAUACACUCACAAUUAAUUUCUUCGAGGAAGUACGAUUU